UCCAGCGCUCCCAUGACCAGUCCGCUCGACAUUGGUUCGGGGUACACAAAUCGCUCAGGUAUACCACCACCGGGACGUUCGGGAAAGUCUGGCGUGUUCGUCAAUUUUUAAUCCGCUCAACGUCAUCUCGAGCUGAGCUCCGGGCGCCGGAGUCUCCCUCAAAUCUCUGUCGGAAGCAGCUGCUGCAAAUGGUCGCAUAAACACGCGCGUGCAACUUAUACCUUUCCGCUCUACAACCUGCUCCCUCGAAAUCCUCAUCUAUGUGAUGGUCUUUCCGCCUGCUGUUGCUGCUCUGACUGGGCACUCAAACACUCCAGAAUCAUCACCACAUCUGAAGACAUCGAUUUCACGCACAUCUCGCUGACGCGCUCUCGGGGCGCAUCCUCGAGAACGGACCCCCAACGAGGACCCUGUGCAAUCAUUCUAACAUGUCCUCGUUGACGUGCGCUACAAUGGAAGACGAAUGAUCCUACAUCGAGACCUUGAAAACAUUCUCCCCGCGACGAACAUUCCAAAUUUCAAAUCGGCUCCUGCUCUCUUCGCGGGGAGGCAUGAGUAUCCCUUGGGCGCCAGCUAUCUUGCUCCUCCUGACCUUGUCGCAGGCGGCGUAGGUCAGGAACUACUUGUUCCUUGGAUUAUAGACGGCCGAAUGCGCUAACCAUUUCGAGUCUGGUGGCCAGUCCGAAUCUGUUCAAGGCUGGGCUUUCCCUUGUCCCGCGCUCGCCGACAUCCUUCUUCGUUACGACGCCCAUAGGCCGGCCCGGGAUUGUCUCACGACUGGUGAAAGACCAAGACACGCUCGACAGCAUUCUGUGGAUGACGCUUGACCAGUUGCUCUCGACGUCCAGUAAUGUUCUCGGGACCGUCGCGCUGGUGUUCUACACCUUCCCGUGCCCUCAGCAUCAUCUUUGCGCCCAUGUUGAUCAUGUACUAUCUGAUCGCGCGUACUAUCGACGCUUAUCGGUUGAGACCGAGCCACUGGAAUCCGUCAUGCGGUCGACCCUGCGCGCGUCAGACACAGAAACGUUGACCGGCAUCUCGACUAUCCGCGCCGAACAUUGUCGGAGCGAAUAUUGUAGGGGUUGUUCCAGAUGUGUUGUGAAGUUGGCUGAUGCUGGUCCCACAGGACAGCGUGCUGUUCCUGAGCACUCUGCGUCAUCUUUGGAUCGCAGACUCGCGCUGCUGAGCUGACCUGGGUUCCACGGUGACCCGUAAAACUCGGGAACGGACGCAGAGCUGUUAUCCGUACUGCAGCGCGCAUGGCUACUGCCGCGACCCGGGGAACCGUCUGACCCCAUAGCCGAAGCCAAGUUCAGUCUGAAUUGCACCAUCGGCGACGACGGAUCCAACUACAGCGCCGGCGACAAGCAGCUGCUGGCUCUCUGUCGAGCGUUGGUGAAAGACAGCCCUGUUCUCCUUUUGGACGAGGCGACGAGCAAUGUCGACGUCGAGACGGAUGGAAAGCUUCAGCGGACGAUCCGGACAGAGUUUGCAAGUUCUACGUUGCUUUGUAU